AUGAUACUCUAUCAACACCCUGAAGACAAAAAGGUUCCCACAAAACAAAAAACAAGGUUGCUACCCACAGGUCUUCUUCCCCCAUCUGGUCCAUGCGACUGUCCUAGUGGCUCCUUCGUUCUCAAAGAUCACAUCCCUAAGGAUCAGUAUGAGGAGCUGGUGCAACGCAGAGCUAAGGAGCUCCAACAAUUCAAAAUCAGGACCACAUCUGUAUUAUCCAGAAUGCUGUUUGCUUCGCCGAACUCUCCUCUGCAGUAUCCUAUCCAGGGUUUACAAGUACCGCCUCUGACCUCCACCCUGAUACCAGGUUUAGCUCUGCAAGCAGAAGAAAGAAGCAGCUACAAGGUCUCCUUGAAAGUGGCCAAAGGGGUCCUGACCACGGAGAUUGCUAAUGGAGUGGAGGUGCAUGGUCAUGGUGAGACCGGGCUGAUUAUGGAGUCUAGCAACCUGGAGACCCUCAACUACCUUCUGGCUAAAGUUUCCUACACCAGCACUAUCUACCACAUACACACUGGAGACCUGGCAUCCUUCCAGUUUGAGAACAAUGAAGCCGUGUUUCCUAUCACCAUCAAACAGCCUCUCCUGCCAGUCCUGUACGACAUGGGAACAAAUGUCAGCUCUCACGUCACCAUCAUCACCAAGACAUUCCUGCGCUACACAAAACUCAAGGUGUUGUUGAGUAGCAUCCGGAGUUUCUAUAGCAACAUCGAAGUCAUAAUCGCAGAUGACAGCUUUGAACCAGAGCACAUUACUGGAGAACGCAUAAAACAGUACAUCAUGCCUCCAGGUACAGGCUGGUUUGCUGGCAGGAAUCUGGCUGUCUCCCAGGUAACCACCAAGUACUUCCUGUGGGUGGACGAUGACUUUGUGUUUACGGAGAAGACGAAGAUAGAGAAGCUGGUGGAGGUGAUGGAGGAGUUCCCCGAACUGGAUGUGCUCGGCGGGACGGUGCAAGGGAACCAGUUUUAUUUCUCUCUCAUCUAUGAGGAAGGAGAGGAAAUGGAUGGAGGCUGCCUCUACAGAAAGUCUCAAGGGAAGUUUCACUCACUUCCUGGUUACCCAAAAUGCUUUCUAGCCAGUGGGGUGGUCAACUUCUUCCUGGCUCGAACGGAAGCCGUACAGAGGGUGGGAUUUGACCCUAAGCUCCAGAGGGUAGCCCACUCGGAGUUCUUUAUGGAUGGCCUGGGCUCCUUAAUGGUUGCUACGUGUGACCACGUGUCCAUCGGCCAUCAACCCAAAAAAGUGGACAAUGCGGACGAUGCGCGCUACGCCAGAUUCAGAAACCCUCCAAGGAAUGAACAGGAGUUCAAACUGCAGCUUCACUUCUUCAAAAACCACCUAAAGUGUGUCAAAUAUGGAUAG